AGAAAAAUGGAGCAAUCCCAGAGAACUCAACUAUCCUAUGAAGGUGCCAAGUCGGUCAUCAGGUUCAUGAGCAUUGAGAAACGAAUCCAAAUCCACUGCCGAAUCCCCUACUACCGCAAAACCAAUGCCCUGUUCCCAUAUGCUCACCGACAAAUGACCCUUAGCAGCGACGGUAUUUCCAUUGGAAGCAAUCAUUAUACAUUUGACAUCCGACGUUCUAAUUUUGGACGAAGAUUCAGAGAUGAUUUUGGCGGCGAGUCCGAUGAAGAACCAGAAGCUGCGCCGUUGGAGCCUGCACUGGCAGAGCUGAACUUGAGAGAUCGCGCACGUCGAGAAAGGGAAAUUCUACGAGAGGAACAUUAUCAGCGAGAAGAUGAUGAGCGUCUGAGAGCACAGCAGAAUCAAGUGCACAUCCGAUACGGGGAGACGCAGUACGAAGUUCGACGAAACUUCGGACAGCGGAGAAAUCCCGAGGAGGCAUUCAUCAAGCUCUUUGAUGCUUAUAUCAGCACUGGAACAACCAUUGAGAAGUUACUUUUUACUGGAUUUCCAAAAUUUCUCAAGAAGAGGGACCCGUCAAAGUUGCAAUUCAAAGUUCGAGAGCUGAAACUCUCAAGUUUGCGCGAUCGGACUCUAGAGAAAAUCGUUCCAUUUAUUGGGGCUAGUAAGCUGAAGAAAAUGAACUUGGAUGUUGGGCCGGAUACGAUUAGCUAUCUGGAUCUACCAAUGAUCAAAAAUUGCGAGGUCUUGAAUCUGAACAUUUCAAUGUGGAACGAAAGAAAUCGACAAAGAAACGAAAACAACAAUUUUUCAAAGUUGAGCAACCUUCGGAACAUGAAGCUCAAUUUGAUCCUUGAGAGGUUCACCAUUGAUGAUUUGCAGCGGUUGGCUUUGAACUGGAUCUUCACGCGCCGACCAAUUGGGACCUAUUUCAAAACCGGGGUCAACCAGCAAUACGAUCACAUUCUCGAUAUCUUUGACCGUUUAAUCGAGGAAAAUCGUGCUUCCCGCUGUAGAAUUACAAAAUUGGGAACUGUCUAUUUCGCAAACGGAGUCAAACUGUCAAUCGACGGGAAGUCGGAGUUGGUGGUUUAUGGUGGUCCGAAAUGGAAAACACGUGCUGGCAUCGACGGUCAGUGGACGAUUCACAUGGAAGUGAUGGCAGUUGGUGAUACCACUCCUUCGGCAUAAUUUUUUUAAAUUUAUUUGUUUCCAAUUUCCUAUGUUAUUUUAUUUUAUUCCAUCUCAUUUUCCCUGGGUUCCGCUUACAUCUCUUUGACUCUUUGCCUUAAACGUUCCAUUUUUUGUGUAUUCCCCACAGUUUUAAACAUUAAAUUUGAUUGUUUUAUUCACUAAAUUUGACAUACAAUAAACAAUGUGCGU